AUGCCCCUGGAGGAAGACAGUGGGCAGAUCCAAGGAUACCUAGUCUCUUGGAGCCCCUCAGGCCAGGCUGGGGCUGUCCUGCCCCUCUGCAACACCACGGAGCUAGACUGCACCUUCCACCUGCCUUCAGAAGCCCGGGAGGUGGACAUUGUGGCCUAUAACACAGCCGGGAUAUCUCGUCCCACUCCAGUGGUCUUGGAGAGCAGAGGCCCACCCCUGGCCAAACUCCAUGCCAAGGCCCGGGACCCAUACAGCCUCUGGGUGGGCUGGGAGCCCCCCAGCCUUCAGCCCCAGGGCUAUGUGAUUGAGUGGGGCCUGGGUUACCCCAGUCCCAGCAGCAGCAAUAAGACCUGGAGGAUAGAGCAUAAUGGGAGCAUUACGGGGACUCUGCUGCAGGAGAACAUCAGGCCCUUUCAGCUCUAUGAGAUCACUGUGACUCCUCUGUAUCAGGACAUCAUGGGACACCCCCAGCACGUCUACGCCUACUCCCAAGAGAUGGCCCCCUCCCACGCCCCAGAGCUGCACCUAAGGCACAUUGGCAAGACCUGGGCACAGCUGGAGUGGGUGCCCGAGCCCCCUGAGCUGGGGAAAAGCCCCCUUACCCACUACACCAUCUUCUGGACCAAUGCUCAGGACCAGUCCUUCUCCACCAUCCUGAACACCUCCUCCAGUGGCUUCAUCCUCCACGGCCUGGAGCCCGCCAGCAUGUAUCAUGUCCACCUCAUGGCCUCAAGCCAGGCCGGGGCCACCAACAGUACAGGCCUCACCCUGAUGACCUUGGCCCUAGAGGGGUCCGAGCUACACAUCCUCCUGGGCCUGUUCGGCCUCCUGCUCUUGCUCAUCUGUCUCUGUGGGACUGCCUGCUUCUGCUGUAGCCCCAGCAGGAAGAAUCCCCUGUGGCCAAGUGUCCCAGACCCAGCCCACAGCAGCCUGGGCUCCUGGGUACCCACCAUCAUGGCAGAGGAGACCUUCCAGCUGCCCAGCCUUCGGGACCCUGGCAUGCCACCCAUCACCAAGAUCACAGUGCUGGAGGAGGAAGAGAAGAAGCCGGGGCCCUGGGAGUCCAGUGACAGCUCAGACACCUGUGACCUCCCCGCCUUGGUCCAGGCCUAUGUGCUCCAGGGGGACCCAAGAGCAGCUUCCACCCAGCCCCAGCCUGGCAUCAAUGACCAGGUCCUUUAUGGGCAGGUGCUGGGCAGCCCCACAGGCCCAGGGCCAGAGCAGUACCUUCGCUGUGACUCCACUCAGCCUCUCUUGGGUGGCCUCACCCCCAGCCCCAAGUCCUAUGAGAACCUCUGGUUCCACACCAGUCCCCUAAGGACCUCAGAGGUCCCACCCCCAAGCCAGGAGGAUGACUGUGUCUUUGGGCCACUGUUUGACUUUCCCCUCCUGCAGGGGCUCCAGGUCCAUGGAGUGGAGGGGUUGGGGGGCUUCUAGGGCUUCCUGGAACAUCUCACCUAGGCUUGCCUCUUGAAAGGCCUGAGCUAUCCAGAGGACAGCAGAGGGUCAAUAAGCCCAUCAUUAAAAACUACCCCAGCCCUAGGAAAGGCAGAAAGGCUCCCAAUCUGUUCCUAUAACCCAAUCUCCAUGGGCUGGGCCUCCCGGGAAACCUGUACACCUUAAGGGCCAGGUAAUGCUCCAUCCAACCCACUCACUAGCCUCUCGUGGUUGUUAC